AUGCCUCUUUUGAUUGAUGGACCCAGUUCACCAAGAAAUAAUACCAACGUUUAUCUCCGACCUCUCAUCGAAGAGUUACGGUCUUUAUUCAUUGAUUGUGUGGAGGCAUAUGAUGCAGAUAAAGGGGAAACCUUCAUAAUGCGUACAGCCUUAAUGUGGAUAAUUAAUCAUUUUCCUGCAUAUGGAAUGCUAUCAGGAUAUUCUGUACAUGGUUAUAAAGCAUGUCCAUAUUGCCACAUGGAUACAACAUCGACAUGGUUGCCUUUUAGCAAAAAGAUAUGUUAUUGUGGUCAUCGACGUAUGUUGAAAGAAGACCAUCUCUAUAGGGAUGAUGAUGUUCACUUUGAUGGUACUACAGAGCACCGAGAGGCUCCAGUCCCCUUAUCUGGAGCGAACAUACUUGCUCAAUGGAAUGAUUAUGAAAAUGUGAUUUUUGGAAAAGUAAAGGAAAGACAGGAAAAGCCACAAGGAUGGAAUAAGAAAAGUAUUUUCUUUGAACUACCGUAUUGGGUGACAAAUACAGUGCGUCACAAUUUGGACGUCAUGCACAUUGAGAAGGGGGCAUCUGAGCACAUACUUAACUUGCUUCUUUGUAAAGAUGGAAAAUCGAAAGAUAACCUACAAGCUCAGAGGGAUCUACAACACUUAAACAUUAGAAAAGAGUUACACCCUAUACCUAAAUUAGGUAAACCAGGAAAAUUUGUACUCCCCAAUGCCGUUUAUCAUAUGUCAAAACUAGAAAAGAAAAUAUUUUUGGAGGUAUUGCAUGAGCUGAAGGUUCCUACAGGGUUUUCUGGAUCAUUUAAUAAGAAGAUAAAGACUGUAAAAGGCAAGAUAGAUGGGUUGAAGAGUCACGAUCACCAUGUUAUUAUGGAGCACCUUCUCCCACUAUCCCUUAGAGCUUCGCUUCCUGAAUCUGUUGGUUUAGUGAUCAAUGAACUUUGCAACUUUUUUAGGGAAUUGUGUGCUAAAACCAUUGAGGACAAGGAGUUGGGGAAGCUACAAGAAGCAGUUCCCUUAAUAUUGUGCAAGCUUGAGCGGAUUUUUCCACCAUCAUUCUUUGAUAUUAUAAUACACCUGACUGUUCAUCUUGCAACCGAAGCAAGGCUUGCUGGACCGGUACAAUAUCGGUGGAUGUAUCCUAUAGAAAGGUACCUUCUCACUCUAAAAAAUUACAUUCAGAAUAGAAAUCGGCCAGAGGGUUCUAUAAUGGAAGGUUAUCUCCUGGAGGAGAAUUGGAAUGAUGAACUAUUUUCUCAGGUCCAAGAUCCAAACUCAGAAUUAACAUUAGAUGAUGAUUUAAGAUGUCUAGCUCGACAUCCAAGCCUGGAGGUUGCAUACUACAAAGGAUUUGGUAUAAAUGGCUAUAAAUUUGCAAUCAAGGAGAUAGAAGAAUCUCGGACUAUCCAGAAUAGCAGAAUUGCGGCCAUUGGAGCUGAAGGUUUGAUUUACUAUGGGUAUUUGGAUAGAAUACUUGGUAUUCGCUAUCCGGGAAGAGCCAAACUAGAAUAUAUAUUUAAGUGUGUUUGGUAUCAUACAAGAACCGGACAUGGAAAAUGGAGAGACACAUAUGGGACUUGGAAAGAUGAAUAUAGAUUGACUAGUGUAAACACUAAUCUUUUUGAGUUUGAAGACGAACCAUAUAUAUUCCCGGAACAAGCAUUUCAAGUAUAUUACUCAAAAUGCUUGAAGCAUUCGGGAUGGAGUGUUGUUUGUCGAUGGAAGCCGAGAGAUACCUACGAUGUACCACAAUUCGCGGAUGUUGACAUAGAGGACAACAUUGAGAUAGAUUCUGAUGAUGAAGGACUUAGAUUGCUACAACCUACUAUUUCCAUAGAUGAAAAUGUAUCUCGAGUUGAGUGUGAGCAUGAAGUUUCAUGGGUUAGGAAUGAUUUCAAUGACGAAAUCAUUGUAGAUAUUCCUACAACGUCUAAGGAGCCUGUUAAAAGAAAAAGUGACAAUAGAGAGAUGGAUCACAUUACCCCGGAGUCUUCUUAUAGGGUAGAUUUUGCAUCUUCCCGUGCAGCACCUCAGCCUGAGGAGCAUGAUUUGCCGACCUCUACACACUCCAUACCAUCUGUACACUCGAUGGUUGGAGAGGAUGCCUCUGCAUCCGUAUCAGCAGCUCGUCCUUUACAUUUGAGAAACUAUCGUCCUAAUCGUGCUGCUAAACGUGCAGAGAAGCGUGCUACAAAAGCUGAAGAUAUCUAUAUCAUUUGA